UUGUUGUUCCUUGAUUGAUGGGUUGACUUUUUAUUUUGAUUCAAUUUACUCUCUUAAAUGCCUUUUUAAUUGCAGAUUCUUUAUGCUUUCCUGUAUUAUAAUUAUUUUUCUGGGACCUUUUUUCUUGCCUGAUUUUUAGACUAAAGUGACUGAAUGUUCUGAUUAUCUCUCUUCGUGUUCUCCUGAUGUGUGACCCUUGAUUUGACCGAGUUGGUCACAACUUGCUUUGAUAAAUCUAAUUUCAGGGCACCUAACGAGAGCCUUAAACAUUUGAUGAUGGUUCCUUUUCAAUGGGUUUGUUCCAUUUCACAUCGUUCAUGAAUGAGCAAAAAUAGUUGUUUUAUUUCGGUAGUGGGAUUUUUCGGGUAUUCUAACAUUGAUAGCUCUACCAAGUGAGAGGAGUAUCUCAAGUGGGUUGAUAAUGUAUCUAGUAGAAAGCAAAGGAGGUGCCAUAGUGUGCAUGCUUCUUUCCCUGUUCUUCUUGGGUACUUGGCCUGCUGUUUUGACUCUUUUAGAGAGACGAGGUCGCCUUCCUCAGCAUACUUACCUUGAUUAUACGAUGACAAAUUUCUUGGCUGCUGUUAUUAUAGCGUUGACAUUUGGUGAGAUUGGCAGUGAAAGACCCAAUUUUUUUUCUCAAGUUUCUCAACUAAAGGAUAACUGGCCUUCUGUUUUGUUUGCAAUGUUGGGUGGGGUGUUUCUCAGCAUUGGAAAUUUAUCCACACAGUAUGCUUGGGCUUUUGUUGGUUUAUCUGUAACAGAAGUGAUCACUUCAAGCAUUACAGUCGUUAUAGGCACAACAUUUAAUUACUUCUUAGAUGACAAAAUCAAUAGAGCCGAAAUCCUUUUCCCAGGUGUCGGUUGCUUUUUAAUUGCAGUUUGUCUUGGGUCAGCCGUACACUCAUCCAACGCUGCUGAUAAUAAAGCAAAACUUAGAAGUUUACCCAGUGCUCACAAACCUUCGACAGAGGCCACUUAUACCUCCAUAGCCACAGAAACAUUGCCAGAGAAGGGAACAAAGGAUCCAGAGUCUGCAAGUGGUAGUGUUGGGAAGGCAAAAGCUGGGACUGCACACUAUCUUGUAGAACUUGAGAAUAGAAGAGCGAUUAAAGUGUUUGGGAAGAGCACUUUGAUUGGAUUGACCAUAACCUUCUUUGCUGGUUUCUGCUUUUCUCUUUUCUCACCAGCAUUUAAUUUGGCAACUAAUGAUCAAUGGCACACUUUGAAGAAAGGGGUUGAUAAGUUGGUUGUCUACACUGCAUUUUUCUACUUCUCUGUAUCUUGUUUCGUCAUAGCCAUCAUUUUAAAUAUCAUCUUCCUUUACCGCCCUGUACUUGACCUACCCAGAUCAUCAUUUAAGGCUUAUCUGAAUGACUGGAAUGGCAGAGGCUGGGCCUUUUUGGCUGGCCUCCUGUGUGGGUUUGGAAAUGGUCUUCAAUUUAUGGGAGGUCAAGCUGCGGGGUAUGCAGCAGCAGAUGCCGUUCAGGCACUUCCGCUUGUAAGUACAUUCUGGGGUGUACUACUGUUUGGGGAGUACCGGAAAUCAUCACGGAGAACAUAUAUAUUGCUAGUCAGUAUGUUGUUUAUGUUUAUUGUUGCAGUUGGGGUUCUCAUGGCAUCAUCAGGGCACCGAAAAUGAGCAUGCAGCUGCAAAGUUGUCUGGAAUUUGUGUAGACCAUAAAUCAUCAAAAUAUUUAAGAAGGUAAUAAUGAUCCAGUAAUUACUGCAGCUUGUUUGUUGUCUGAGGCAAACAUGUGGAGCUGCUCUACAAAAUUCUUAGAAUUCCACUUUGUAAUUGGCAGAAGUAAUGCCAAUAGGAUAGCAUUUGGUUGUAGUAUUGAA